AUGAAUAUGUUUGAAAUUACUUUUGUUAAAGGAAUGAAUUGGCCAAAAGCAGACCCUAUUGGAUGGUGUGAUCCAUUUUGUGUAUUUACUAAUAAUGGGAAAGAAUAUAAAACAAAACAUGACAAUAACACAAGUGAACCUAAAUGGGAAGAAACAUUUACUGUAGUUUCAGAUCACCAGCCAUUAGAAAUAUUGUGUUUUGAUUGGGACAGAAUUGGGGAUGAUGAUUUCCUAGGUAAAUUUUGUAUUAAUUUGGAUGACUUUUGUGAUGUUACAACAAAUAAAAACAUUAAGUUUGAUAUUACUUUAGAAGAAGAGUAUUUAACAAAAAAAAAGGUUGAAGAAAAACCUGCUGCUGUUGUUUUAACAAUAACGAAUCUUGAAAGAAAAAAAAAAGAAGAAGAAGAAAGGUUAAGACGUGAAGAAGAAGAAAAAAGAAAUAAUGAAUCUAUGACAGCAAAUGCCCGAAAAGAGGCAAUGGGAGAAUGUAAGGAUGAAUUACUUGAAUUUGCUGAAGAGGGAUUAAAAGAAAAAUUACGUCCUGUUCAAUUAACAUUAAUGAAAUGGACAGAAUGUAAUGACUAUCAUUUAAUUUAUUCAAGUGAUAUUGAUGAAUUAUCAUGUGAAAAAAUUUCUUCAUUACUUUCAUCGAUUUCAAAUUGUAUGAUUUUAAUACUUGAUUCUACUGGUAAUUUAUUUGGUAUAUUUACUCCAUCUAUCUCUGAGUCUUGCUCAACACAAUUUACUCUUUUCUCAUUGAAAGGUUUUGAAGGUUCUUUAUCACUUAAAUUCACACCAUUACCUUCAUCUGAUUCUCUUAUUCAAAUCUCACCUACAAAAAAUGUUAUCCUUUCAGUAAAAAAUGCUUUUACUAUUGCUCUUAAUGAUCAGUCGUUUAUUGAUGCUUCUUUUUCGAAUAACUUUACUUCUUCUCAUCCUUUUGAAAGUACUAUUCUUACAGGUAAAGUAAGUCCUGAUAAAUUUUCUAUUCGUUGUUUCUUUGCUUUACAAUGGUAUUAA